AUGGGUGAAAUGAAUGAAGAGCUUGCUAACGUUAUCUUAGAGAAUGCACUCGCGAAUAACCAAAUGACAAGUCCUAAAAUUCAAGCGGACAUCAAACAUUGUUAUGCUCAAGAGGUAAUUAAACAAAUUUUAGAAGAACUUGGUGAUGAUAUUUUUUCUUUAUUAGUAGAUGAAUCAUGUGAUGUAUCAAAAAAAGAACAAAUGGCGGUUGUUAUUCGUUUUGUUGAUAAAGUUGGGAUUGUUAAGGAGUGUUUUAUCAGGCUUGUUCAUGUCAAAGAGACAAGCACAAUAACACUCAAAACGGAUAUUGAUGAUAUAUUGGCACGUUAUGGGUUAAGCUUGAAAAGGAUUAGAGGCCAAGGCUAUGACAGGGCAAGUAACAUGUCGGGCGAGUUUAAUGGCCUAAGGGCUCUAAUCUUAAAGGAAAAUGUUUCGGCCUUUUAUGUUCAUUGCUUUGCACACCAACUCCAACUAGUUGUUGUGGCGGUGGCGCACAAACACACACCAAUUUGGAGAGUUUUUGAAACGAUAACAUGUUUAACAAAUUUCGUUUGUGCAUCUUCUAAACGACAAGAUAUGCUUCAUGAAAGCCAAAGAAGACAAUUGGAAAAAAUGGAAGACGUACUUUGUACCGGAAGUGGGUUGAACCAAGAAAUGACACUUCCAAAGCCCGGGGAUACAUGUUGGAAAAAAUCAUUUUAG